AUGAAGACCUUGUUGCUCUUUCUAACGACAAUACUGUUGCCAUCCUUCCGUAUACUACCUCAAAGCAGAGGGAGUGGUUGUAUUCUGUUGACGUAUGCAAGAGGAGACGAUUUGUACAAAGUCUUGGGGGUGUCCAAGUCAGCGACAACCAAGGAGAUCAAGAGUGCCUACCGCCGAAAAGCACUAGACACUCACCCGGACAAACGUAAAGACAUUCCAGCGGAACAAGCGGCCGAAGAGUUUCAAAAAGUGGUGCAUGCCUUUGAAAUAUUGAGUGAUGACUCCUCUCGAAGGAACUAUGACCGAACAGGACGUGCCGGUCAAACACAAGGUGGUGCUGGUGGUGGAAGAGGCCAACAGCAGCAACAGCAAUGGGGAGGCUUUCAGUUCCGAUGGAGCCACGGAGGAGGAGGACGACAACGGAGCUUUCGGCUCAAGGACAAAUUCAAGGUCCAGGAAGCCAUGAGUCGUGUCAUGCACAUUGUCAGUCUCACCCAGCUGGAAACAGUCAUGCUCGAUGAAAACGAUUUAUUGGAACGCAAUCUGCUCAUGGCCUUUGUCACUCCACAAGAAAUCGAACAACAUUGUGACGAUGAAAUGGUAUUCCCGUACCCCUUUGCAGGCAUGUCAGAACAAGGUCUGUGGUGGGAAGACAAACUACAGACAGUCAAAAUACGAUUCAAUCGACAAAACGGUCUUACCAAGUUCUUCAAUAUUCCUGAGGGUGAUGAAUUGCGGAAGCAAAAGGCGCCCAUCUUCCUGUUUGGUCGUCGUGGUCAACCAUUGUCUGCAGAUUUUGCACGCUUGCAGACAUCCAAUAGGCUUGAAUUUGAAAAGUGGAUGUGGAAACAGAUUGAAGUGACAGUGGAGUUUGUCAACAAUCAUCCCCAUGCUGUGGAAAUUAUGUGGAUGCACGGAUCACGUGGACAUGACAAACUAAAACUAAAGCCUGGCGAGUCUCAAACUCAUACGACCAUGCUCGGACACGAGUGGUGGGUUCGCGAUGCCAGAGUGGAUACUCGAAAAGAUUCACCAGGACGGUACCGACUUUCUCGACAAUCCAUGGUAGCAGUGUGGAAGAUCAAAAGUGAUGAAGACUUUCAAAGGCUUGUGAUUCAUCCCAAAAAUUGCAUUGAUUUGAGUGGUCAUUGUCCUUGGUGGAAAAGCCAAGGAGAAUGUAAAAAGAAUCCAGAAUUUAUGACAGAGAAUUGUGCUUUGACCUGCAAGACCUGCAAGGAAGACGAUGAUGUUUACAAAAGUCAUGAUGAGUUAUAG